UAGCUCUGCCCUCUGCUGUUGGCUGCAUCAGAUUUAGGGUGCAGGGAGGAGUAGGUGGAAUGGAAAUGUCAGGAUUUCUACCCCCAGAGCCCCCUCCUCCGAGGAAAAUCAGCCUGUCUGAUAAAACAUCGGGACCCCACCCCCGCGCCUUAGUGUCGCCUUGGAGCAGGUGUUUGUCACUCCUAUUACGUUGACGGCUUCCCCAGGGCUUGGCGCUGGGUAGCAGACCAGAAUGUCAGGAGAGGUUUGUGUGGAAGUUAUCCACAACUUUGGUGGCUGGGGCGGGGGAGGGUCUACCGUGAUGCUAACCCCUUUGUGGUUGCCGGGCGACUACGGGACUCUCAGAAUCGAGCCGCGCCGCGUCCCCAGGGAUCCGCCAGCACCGGUGGAGGAGGCUGCGGGCGGCGCGCACUGGACAGGGCCCAUGCAGUUACAGACACACGGAGUCCCCAUUCAGCUGACCUGGCUGACUCAGCCGUGAGACAUUGCUGUGACAGCCGGAGGAUUUGCUCAAGAGAGUGUAGUUUAGAGCUACAACUUGAGCCAGGAAGGGCCAGCACUGGGAUGGCCAUGGUCUCACUGUGGUCAGGAAGAUCUCAGCUAGUUGGGGCCUGUAGCAUCCCUGAUGAACGCCUCCGAGGGUGCGACCAGAUUCAUCAUUUUUUCUGCAUCCUUAAGCCACAGACGAAAUGGCAGCUUAGGUCUGGCGAGGAGUUUCCCUGGUACCUCACGUCCCUCCUGCCCUUCACUGCAGGAGUUGGGAUUGGGCUCGUGUUCCUUGGAGUCAAGAAUGGACAUGGAGAGCGCCAUCAAGACAUUCUUUUGCUACAUGCCCAUUGUGAACAGUGUGACCCUGUGGGAGAGAAACAUGCCACCUUCAAAACCCAGCCCUCAUCAUGAAAGAACUGUCUUGCCCUGCUCAAGAUUUGUCACUCACAUGAAGAAUUUCUCUAAAUCUCAUAAAUGUAAUAAUCUACAUUUUCCAGAAAGAACUCAGAGUCCAGUGACAUGUGAACGACUGCUUCAUACUUGCCAGCCCAUCAUCCCCAGGUCUUCUGUGAGCACAGAUUCUUUUGAAGAAGAAAACCGCCAAGAAGCCUGUUCCACCCCAGCGUCAUGUGGUGAAAGGGAUGAGGAUUCACUGAGUUUGAUGCUCCGGGAGAAAGUUCCAAAGACAAUCAGCAAAACCUCCAAGCAGACCUGGAGCAUCCCAUUUUUCGCACCAAAAAUGGCAAAUAAACCCAGUCUACCACACUCAGAACAUCCUGUGUACUUGGAGGCUACUAGUAGACACACGAGACUUCAAAACCAGUCUUUGAGCGAUUCCAAGGGAAAUUCUCGUCCCCCGGGGAGACCUUCCACCGCCAUCGGCCUGUGCAGGACCCGGAGCCGCUCCGCCCCGCCGAGCGCCAGGGUGGAGGAGAGGGCGGCGGUGACAGUAGACUUCGGGGCACACCCAGAUUCCCCCGAAGGGCUCCCAGGGGCUCCCGGAAAUGCAGCGGGCAGAGGCGCGGUUGCCAUGGUAGCGGAGAUGCUCCCCAAGCAUCCUCGUGUCCCGGAGGAGCCGAGGCUGCGGGCGGACGCCUCCCUGUCCUCCCUCUGGGGCAAUCUGGCAGAAGAGCCCCUUCCUGGGCCCGCGGGCGCUUCCACCCAUUUCCACUCCAAGAGGUUAAUAAAGGUCUGCACCGCGGCACCCCCCCGCCCGCCCCGGCCUUUCCAUACGGCUUGUUCACAGGCUUUCCCGAGGCCGGUGGUGAAUGCUCACUUACGCUGACCGCUGCGAGGGAAUUGUUCCGCGACCGCUGCCCAUCUUCAAAUCAAUGCCUGCCCGGAACAACAGAAAGGGCCUCAGAUGCACUGGUUUCCACAGAACCAUUGUUAGGCUUUUGUGAAGCAUUUUUGAACCUAAUAAAUAAUGUCAAAAGUC